UAGUGAAUGUCAUUCGGUCAUUCGGUCAUCGUCAGCGGCUGUCAUUUUUCUACACGUUAUAUUUAUCAAGUUUUAAUUCAUAUUUACUGAUUACUUGUUCAAGAGUAGGUGUUGCAGUUAAUCAUGAUUUAUUCUGCUUGGAUUAGGCAACUACAGUCGCUAACAAUAGUCAUAUUUACGUUCAUAAUUUCGGCUCAAACGGACGUACCGCGUCCGCGCGGAGUUUCUUUAUCUAAAGCGUCGCUCUAUUCGCCGACUAAAGAUUUUACGUGUUUCGACGGAACAAGCACUAUUCCUUUCAGCUAUGUAAAUGACGACUACUGUGACUGCUUCGAUGGCAGUGAUGAACCAGGAACUGCUGCAUGUUUGAACGGAGUUUUUUACUGUACAAAUGCAGGACAUCGACCGCAAAACAUUCCUAGCUCUCGAGUUAAUGAUGGUAUCUGUGAUUGCUGUGAUGGUACGGACGAGUACGCUACGCCCGGUACGUGUUCGAAUAUUUGCGAAGAAUUGGGUAAAGAAGCUAGAGCCAAGGCGCAACAAUUGGCAGACCUACAUAAGUCUGGAAACCAUAUAAGAUUAGAACUAAUAGAGAAAGGUAAUAAAAAGCGGAGUGAAAUGGCUCUGCAGCUAUUACAAUUAGAAAAAGAUAAAGCUGAAGCUGAAAUAAUUAAAAAUGAGAAAGAGGUGCUAAAGUCUGAAUUGGAAGCCAAAGAAAAUGAAGCUCUUCAAGUGUACAGAGAUGCAGAAGAGAAAGAUAGGCAGAGGAAAGCAGAGUUAGAGCGACAGCAACAAGAGACGGAAGCAAGUGAACAGUUUGCUAGGUUUGAUUCAAACAGUGAUGGUGUAUUAACAACUGAUGAAAUUAAAGUAGUUAAUGUUUUUGAUAAGAAUAAGGACGGUGAAGUUGAUCAAGAGGAAAUUCUGCAUUUCUUUGGUGACAAAGAUAGUGUAAAUAUGGAAGACUUUAUGUCAACAACUUGGCCGAUGGUAAAACCCUUAUUAAUGUUAGACCAAGGUAUGUUCCGUCCAGCUGUUAAAGAAGAAGAAGAUGAUGAACCUGAAGUUGAUGAAGAAGAAGAGACUCAAAGAGUUGAGGACACAGAAGAUGUAGGUGGUGAUGAUGAAAACAUUGAAGAAAUCCCACAUGAUGACGCAGAUGAGCAGGAUGUUGAACCAGAGCAAUCCAGAGCGUAUGAUGAUGAAACACAAAAAUUGAUUGAUGAAGCUACAGAGGCAAGACGCCAGCUUACAGAUGCCGAACGUACUGUACGGGAAAUAGAAUCCAACAUAAGAACAUUCCAGCAAAACCUUGAAAAAGAUUAUGGUUUACAGCAGGAAUAUGCCACCCUAGAUGGUCAAUGUUUAGAAUAUGAAGACAAGGAGUAUAUUUAUAAACUAUGUCUCUUCCAGAAAGUCACUCAAAAGUCAAAGAAUGGGGGCAUGGAAGUUGGACUUGGCGAAUGGGGAGAAUGGGCUGGAAGAGAAGGUAACAAGUACUCAGUUAUGAAGUACACAAAUGGAAUGGCCUGCUGGAAUGGACCGAGUAGAAUGUCUAUUGUCAAUAUUAAUUGUGGUUUGGAAUCUAAGUUAACAUCAGUCACAGAACCAUUCCGUUGUGAAUAUAAAAUAGAAUUAACUACACCAGCUGCUUGUGAUGACUCUAACCUAACACAAGAAGCCACACAUGAUGAGCUGUAGGUAUUUAGAUAAUUCAUUUUGUAUGUGAUGUGUGUUGAAAGUUAGAAAUAAGUCACUCAUUUUGAUCAUCUUUUGUCACUAAGCCUAAAUGAAAAUGUAGAUUUGUCAGGUCAUAUUUCUAGAUUUAUUUUAAAUAUGUACUAGGUAUCAAAUGUUGAGUGUUCCACAUUCAUAAUGUGACAAAAAAGUAGUUCUCUCAUAUAUUAUUAACAUUCUUGUUGAACUUGUAGAAAGCAUUUAUCACAUGUUACAUUUAAGAUAAUCUUAUUUAUUUCAUUAAAAAUAAUUAUUUCAAGUAAAGACUGUCCUGGCUAACAUUUGUUUUUACACAUUCCUUAAGUUGAAGUUGUAUUAUUUUCUUAUACAUAUGAGAUGAUAAAUCAUGAUGUGAACAAAACAUUGUAAGUGAUUAAUAAAAUCUUGUUUUUGAUUA